AUGAUCAAGGUGCCUCAACAAGAGGCCUGGACAGCCAUAGUAGGCAUGUUGGGUGAGGAGAACGUCGCGACCUUAUCCUUGCGAAACGCCAGUUUCAAUUUUCUUGCCUUGGAUGGAGAAGGUGAUUUGCUUGACAGCAAUCCACAGAUUAUGAUUCUUCCGGUUCUUUCGAAGCAGAAUGUCAUAGACUGGGCUGGAGAGGCCUACAACGCCGUUUUCAUUGCUGGUACACCGGACGCAUACAAGAAGGCAGGAAGUUAUGAACGCACCCCACGUGCAACUAUGCAGCAUGUCGAGCAGGCUUUUCAGACUUUUGAAACAGUUGCUUCGACACUGGUUGCCUUGUAUUCAACAGACCGGUUUGAACGCAUGGUUACCCUUGGUGACAAAACAUAUGGGAAGCCGGACGCAUCGAUGCAAUCUCAGUGCAGAGUGUUUCAACAGUCGGUGCAACGGAAUGGAUUAUACGUCCCUUGUCCAGGUGAAGACUUGAGGUUUCCAUACAUUGCUUUUUCCGAGAACAUGCCAGGACCAGACGUGAAGCAGCCCUGGAGACCAGGAAGCGGCCAUUGUGCACCACACCCGCUCCUGUUGUUGGCACGCAGCUUGAACUCAUGGGCGAACAUGCGUGCAGGCAAUGACACAAAGAUGCGAUUCGUACCGGCUUGCAUGCCGCCUCUGGAAGCAGAGUUUGACGAAGUGGAAUGGGAUUUUUUCGAAACACUUCACCGGUUCCAGAUGGAAGACCGCUUACGCAGAGGAUCACCUCCUGCGCAGCAGGAUCGGCUUCAGCACAUGCUCAGACAUGUGGACAGUUUCACAAGCAAGGCCGAUCCUUAA